UGUUUCGGCCAAUCAGAUGCGGCGGAGAUGCUCCGAAACGCUAUAAAGCAGAGCUGGAGGUUGCGUGAGAAACAGGAAUGAGCAACAAUAGAAAGCCCCACCGAUAGCACAUCUAGAGACCAAGUUCAUAGUUUGAUAUUUUUCUAUACUUAACAUCAGGGUCAAGAACAUGGCUACCUCAGCAAGUUCCAAACUGAACAAAGCUGUUAAGCAGCAGUACAUGGACCUGCCUCAGGGAGACAAAGUCCAAGCCAUGUACAUUUGGAUAGAUGGCUCCGGAGAGGGACUACGCUGCAAGACCAAGACUUUGGAUUCCGAACCGAAGUCGGUUGAUGACCUGCCUGAGUGGAACUUUGACGGUUCCAGUACCGACCAGUCUGAGGGUUCCAACAGCGACAUGUUCCUGAUCCCUGUUGCCAUGUUUAGGGACCCUUUCAGGAAAGACCCCAACAAACUGGUGUUGUGUGAGGUGCUCAAGUACAACCGGAAGCCGACGGAAACCAACCUGCGGCACACAUGUAAACGGAUCAUGACCGAGGCGCAGCAUCACCACCCGUGGUUCGGCAUGGAGCAGGAGUACACCCUUCUGGGGACAGACGGACAUCCCUUUGGCUGGCCUGCCAAUGGCUUUCCUGGUCCACAAGGACCUUAUUACUGUGCAGUGGGUGCGGAUAAGGCUUAUGGACGAGACAUAGUGGAGGCACACUACAGAGCCUGCAUGUAUGCCGGGGUUCAGAUCAGCGGCACCAAUGCUGAAGUCAUGCCAGCUCAGUGGGAGUUCCAGGUCGGGCCGUGUGAAGGCAUUGACAUGGGGGACCACCUGUGGAUUGCUCGCUUCAUCCUCCACAGAGUCUGUGAGGACUUCGGCGUGGUGGUUUCCUUUGACCCCAAACCUAUCACAGGGAACUGGAACGGCGCUGGCUGCCACACCAACUUCAGCACAAAGAACAUGCGCGAGGAGGGCGGACUGAAAGUCAUCGAGGAGGCGAUUGAGAGACUGGCAAAGAGACACAAGUACCACAUUCAGGCGUACGACCCCAAAGGCGGACUGGACAAUGCCAGACGUCUGACCGGGCACCACGAAACCUCAAACAUCGAUGCCUUCUCGGCGGGCGUAGCCAACCGCGGCGCCAGCAUCCGCAUCCCUCGCGCCGUGGGGCAGGACAAGAAGGGCUACUUCGAGGACCGCCGUCCGUCUGCCAACUGCGACCCCUACGUCGUCACAGAGGCUCUGGUGCGCACAUGUUUACUCAAGGAGGAGGGGGAGGAGCCUAAUGACAACUAGUCUCUUGUGCUGUUAGCCUCAUACCAAGACUCUGUGGAUUGAGCUUCACAUUUUUAUAUUUUUUUAAUUUGACAUAUUUAGUCAUUAGGCCCACUGCCUUUUUAUAAGCAAUACAUUUUUCAGAUAUCUAAUAAUUGUUGUAGAAGUAUAUCAAAGUAAGCUGUUUGUACUUAUAAUGAGUGUCUGAGUGCAGCAGCAGGUUUUGCUGUAGAUCCUCCAGCUCCAAAAGGAUGCUAAAGGCAUUUGAAUGUUUUUAGCAGUUUAAUGUCUGUCACAGUGGCAGAGGAUUCAUGUAGUCACUAUAUAAUCCACUUUACUGUUUUUAAGUGCAGGUGUGUUUAUUUUCCCACUUGUAUUUUUUACAUACAGUAACUUGUCCAUUAAACAGAUCACAUUUUUA